UUGGCAGUCAUAUGACCUUAUGCAGUUGCGAGCGCCGUAAAACCCUUUCUAAAACUAAGGCUUUGUGUUUCAGUCCCGUCCGCCCCGGUCAAUCUGAGGGCGGAGGUGAUUGGUCAGGGGUCUGUGGUGGUCAAGUGGAUGCCCCCCGUGAACCCCAACGGGGCCCUCUCCUCCUACGUGCUCACAUACGCCAGGGAGGACUCCCCGCUGGACGAAGACAGCUCUUGGAAGAGUAUCACUCAGGAAGAAGGCGGGCCAGGGUGCGUCCACCGACCUGAUCAGCGUGCUGCCCGCCUGCCAACCCGACGCACCUGUGCCCUGCCCGCCCGUCAACACACCCGACACAGAAACCACGACGGAGAAACUGGACGUUGCGGCGAGCGAGGGUUUGAGCGACGAGAAGAUUGGCCUCAUUGUGGGCAUCACUCUGGGGCUCCUCUUGUGUGUCGCCAUCUGUGUGGCUGUUGUGCUGUGUCACAGGAGGUGCGUGAGGAGAGAUGCGGACCCCAACACGAGUCACGCCCCCAUCUACCCGGGCAACGGCCACGUGACCUCCCUGACCCCUCACCGCCCCGGCAACGGCCAAGCCCACCACAUGACACUUCCUGCGGGCGGGGGUCAGAUGGAGAUGAGGAACCUGGAGUCGUCUCCCAUGCUGCCGCAGAUCCCCGAGAACGAGCAGUCGGACUCCAAAGGUGGCAGCGACAUUGGGAGUGCCCCCAACGGCCUGCGCCUCAACGGCUUUGUGAAGGGCAACCACCGGCCGCCCGCCCACCUUCUACACACGGGCUCGCACGGGGACUUAAACAGCAGCAAUAACUCCGAGGAGUUGCAGGGACUGAUGGCAGCAAUGUUGGCCUCCACUGACGGCAACACCCUGGCUCUGACGGGACGCCACGACCACAUCAUCAUGUCCUCGCAGGACGGCAUCGAGAGGGCGGAGGACGAGCUGGGGGACCACAGCAGCGAGGACAGCGGGACGGGCUGUCGGCGGGCGGGCAUGCUGGGCGGCGGGAGGGCGGGCCAUCCCACGGCGGGCUCAUCCAGCCCCACCCACUCGCCCGGGGGCAGUAGCGGAGCGGACAGUAGCCUGGGCCACCAUCAGAACGACGCGGGCAGUGGCUGGGACCAUGCCUUGAUGGACCACGGGCUGCUGGUGGAUGAGAUCGGGGGCGUGUUGAUCGACCGCUCGACGGGUGAUGUGAUUGGCCUGGUGGCGGGGGACCGCCGGGCUGACGACGGGGACGUAGCGGGCCGCCUGAUGGAGGGCGUGGACCAUGUAUGUGGUGGGCAGGGGGGCCGGAGGAGGGUGUGUGGCGAGGAGGAGGAGGAAGAGGAGGAAGAGAGUGCAGCUAACGACAGGGACUCGGGGCACGGGAGUGAGGCCAAGUCCCACAGCGGGAUCGUGCGGGUGGGUGGAGAGGGGUGUGCGGCGGGCGACCCGUGCUGCGCUACAGCUAACUGCGGUGGAGGCUCGUCGAACUGUCAUGUGCCUGUGUCUGCGUCUCCCGGUGAUGGCCACGUGUUGGAAGGGGAGAGGGAGGGGGAUUCCCUUCCCUUGCCUCCCCCGCCUCCACCCCCACCCCUGGUCUCACCGUCUCCACCCACACAACAAUCAUCGUCUUCAACAACAACAACAACAGCAUCAUCUUCUCAGCAGCUACCAUAUUCUAGCAGCAGCAGGAAUUCAUCCAACAACAACAACAACAACAACAACCGACCUCAGGCGAACGUGACUCCGACAGACAGUCAACGAUGA